AUGAAGUGCUCUAUAAUAUUACUUGUUUUGCUGCUCUGUGAAGUCCAGCACAUUACAGGGAGCGAGCAAUCCUUAAAAAUUGAAGAAAAAUACGCGCAUUCAAAACCUUCCUAUCCGCAUGACCCUCUAAGUUCGGGACACACGUUGGGACGGACACGGCAAACUGUGAUGCGCACGGGAUCGGACGGCGGCAGAACGGAACUGGCUAAUGUGACGGAGAACUAUUGCUGCUUUUGGGUGUAUCAGGGUCACCCGGCGUUGCCGGACAUCUGGGAGCAUCGCAAGGAAUAUGCAUUCGACUUCCUAUUCAAUGGCAAAUUCGAGAAAAAUCAGCGCAACUAUCAGGAACGUCCAAUAAAUUGA